CAUCAGCGCUAAGACGACUCACCCUUAUCUCUUGGCUGGCUCCUUUGUGUAUAAAGUGUUUAUCGGUCUAUUUAUAGACACUGUCCCAUCGCGACCUUAGGAACCGCUGCAUUAAUUGGUUACUAAUUCCUUUGUUCCUUUCCAUCUCUUGCACAUAUAUAGACUGAUUUAUAUUUAUUUUAUAUCACAAACCUCGCUCUAGCUGUACUUGUCAUGACUGGUGGGAAGAAAAGCUCCAAGGGGAAGAAGAAGAGGAGGAGGUCAGUGUCUUGUGAAGGUGGGACGCAGGUAGAAAAGAAGAAAAGGAGUACAGAGACAAUCCAGCAGGAAACAGAAAGCACUUUUCAGCCUGCUGGGAGCAAUGAGAAUGAUGCUGAGGAUCUUAGUGACAUAGAGGAAGGAGGGCUCGAUCUGAAUGUUCCCCUCAAACCAAUUAGCUAUUACAUUUCCGACAAGAAAGAAAUGCUUCAGCAGUGCUUCAGAGUGGUCGGUGAAAAGAAACUGCAGAAGAUGCUUCCUGAUCUAUUAAAGGGUUAUUCAAUUGAGGAGAUCAAACAGUUGUGUCUCGAGCAGCUGGAAUUGGUAUCAGAAAAGAGACUACUGAAAAUCCUUGAAGGUGAGCAAGGUAUAGAUUCCGCCACUGAGGAGGAAUACGAUGCACAUAUGACCAGGUCUGGGGCAGAUACAGCCAUUCAAAACGAUAAUGCUGUAGAUUCCACUUCUUCAGUGAAAGAUAAUGCUGGGUUUGAGGAUGCAGAUUCAAAAACUGGUAGAGGAGAAGACUGUGAUGCCAUUAGCAUAAACGCUGAUACUUUUGACAGUGACAUUGAGGAGGUGUGCCCUGAAGAACGAGGUCAGGCAACACCUGCCGUAGUAGUCCCAAAAGCAGCUGGUCAGCCAGAUGACCUUGUCAUGGACAUUGAGAAAAGUGUGAAUGAAAUCCUGGGGUUGGCUGAGCCAGUAGCAGAAGAAGUUCAUGCUCACUCGACAACUGUGCUUGCAGAGGAUGUGCAGCCGUCUGCACAACAGCUGGAACUGUUAGAGCUAGAAAUGAGGGCUCGAGCCAUUAAAGCUCUGAUGAAGGCUGGUGAUGUCAAGAAGUUGUGAAACUAUGCUGUCUUCUUGCUUCAAUCACCUUACUUGACAAGAAGUUUGUGCACUAUAGCAAAAAAACUAUUAGUUUCAGUAGGGAUCACUGUGAAUAUAUUAUUGUUGUGUACCUUUUUAGUCACUGUUUGAAAUUUCUAUCAAUGCACAAUAAUGACCAUAUUGUUAUAACUGGCAGUGAUGGUGGUGGAUGACACUGCCCUAAUAAAGAAAGUUAUUUUGUUUUUACACAA